AUGCUGAAAUUCCACGUGUCGCGAAGCGCCCGUCUCUGGGCGUACUGGAGCACUCUUCCCCACAGAAUGCUCAAAAAGUAUCCGGAACAAACGAUCUUCUACGCGACAUUCGGUGUGGCGACCCUCAUCGUCGGCGGAUACAAAAUGAAGAAAUACUUGACGGAAAGCGAGAAACCAUACUAUCGUGGCUACUACGACGUCGUUCGUUCCGACGAUCCGAUCGCGUUGAAUUGGAGAAAACCAGAGGAAUAUCCGGCUCCGUACCUUCUUUCCAGUGUCGAAACCGCCCAUUAG